AUGGGCGUCGAUUCAAAAAGGGCACCACCUCUCCCCGCCCCGACCGAAACCGACACGGCGACGCCUACGGAACUCGCCACCGAUGUGUCCAUCUCCCAGCCGGGUGACGAAAAGUCAUCGUACUCGCUGCCGGAAGACGGCACGCCAGUGACCAUUCGCACUCGCGGCCACAAGACCAAUCACUCGCAGACCUCGCUCCUCAUCGAGUACUUUGAGGGAGGGAAAAAGGGUUCUAGGUCUGGCGACCGCAAGCCUAGCGUCCGCGUACGCUUGACACCUUCCAAGAAGAGCAAAGGCGACCGCAUUCAGGUAACGGAGACCAAGGGCACCCGCAAGGCGUCCCUGACACGCCGCAUACCUCUCGACGAGGCCAUCGCUUCCCGAGAAAUUGACCUGAGCGGCGACAACGCCGAAGAUGGCCACAGCAUGACGUCGUACGCUUCGGCAACCGAGGAGUCCAACGUGUCGAGAAACCCGAUUGAUAUCGAGAUCGAUCGGACCAGACGACGCCGCCGACCUGCGAGCCCCUUGAUCCCGACUCGCGACACCUAUCAGCCGGGCAACCCAUCCGAGAUUUCCGCCAUCCCGACCGACAGCUUCCUGGAUGGCUCUGGGCCUGCUGCCGACACGAGACGCCCUCCGAGCCCGUCUCGGUUUGCUCCAGGUCUGGCGGCGGCAGCCACGUCCGCGCUCGCGUCCGCUGCCAUGAGCGAGAUCAGCACCAACAAGAGUCGCGGCAAGGAGCGCGGCAAGGAGCGCGUCAAAAUUUCGGACAAGACCUCCUCGUCGAAAGACAAGUCAACAGACAAGCGGAGGGGCUCCAAAAGCAGAACAAGCAGCGUCAGUGAGCAUGCCGCCGACGAGGCGAGAUCGCCGCGACGUCGUUCGAACCGUGCCCACCAGGAAUCCACUGUCUCGGCCGCCGAAUCCAGCGUCCUCUCCUCCAAUCUAUCCCCGAGCCACCGCUCGCUCGAUAGCCGUUCCGUGCGCUCCGGCGCAUCCAAGUCCUCGAUAAAUAAUCCGAAGCUCCUGGAAACAGUGGAAGAUGCCAUUCGACGCCUCAUCUUGCCCGAGCUAAGCGCUCUCAAGCGGGAGCAGAGCAAGCGAGAGGGUCGUCGUGCUUCCCUCACCUCGACGGGAACAUCCGCCUCGAGGGAUGACGUCUCCGUGGACCGCAGGCGGUCUUCUGGCGCUCAGCGGGGUGAGCAAUCGCGAGAGGCGUCUCGCCAUACCGAGAAUCGAAACCGCGAGGCACGACAUGAAUAUGACGAAUCCUCCUCCCUCCACAGCCCCAGUCGCGACUCUCUCGAUGUCGAGUUCCGGACGCGUGAUGGCCAUGCCACCACCGCCAAGCACGGCCACAAUCUGCCCAAGGCUGCCAUGGCUGCCGCCGCUGGUGCGGCCGGUGCGGCCGUCGCCAAGGGCCUGUCCAGCGCCGCCAACGACAAGCCCGAAUCUUCCGAGAGGGGACAGCGCGAAAGGCGCCGGAGGAGAACAGAGUCCACGAAGAAUCGCAGCCUUGAAAGAGAUCGCUACGCGGACGAGUACGAUGAGGAGGACGACCUCGUGAUACCCGCGCCGCCGAUGCCGUUGAUGAGUGACGUGAACCCGUCGGACAUGACGAGGACCUCCAUUCUCUCCGCCGAAACUGAACGGCAUCAUUCGGCCAGCGAGGAGCUCGUCUCCGGACAUGAUGAGUACCGGGAACAGCACUCGCCCGUUGUAACCCCCACGAGGGCGAGAACUCCCACCGGGUAUCAACACACUCUGGGCAUGACGCACGCCAACGUCUCGCACGGAGACCUGACCGCGCUUCCGCGAGGAAAACGAGAAUUUGCGGAAGAGUAUGAAAGCGACGAAUUUGGUCGCAAGGUCCCGGUCGAGGAGGGCAGCAGGUAUGAACACGGUCAUGAUGUGCCUGGCACGGACGGGUACGUUGAUGACGACUACGAGGAUCGCUACUAUUGUCAUCAAGACGUCCCCCCUCCGCUCAAGUACGUGCCGUACCAGGCUGGAGUACGGGGACUCAGCCCCAUCCAGAGCGUCUCCGGUUACACAGAGGGAGGGAGCGAGGCGCCUCGGCCGCUCUCGAGAGACGUCUAUUCACCAAACGCCCUCUCCUCACCUGGAAAGUCUCCAUCGCAUGGCCGCCAUGCGAGGUCGGUGCGCUCUCAAGACUCGGUUCCCGCUGGCUAUCACACGAGAAAUUACGACCAUGAGCCUGCCGAAGAGGGCUACGUUGAACGCGCCGCUGCGGGACAGGCGGUGCGAGGACUAGGCGCCAAUCCCUACUUCGUCCAUCCGCCGACGGGGAUCGAAUCGGCCGUGGCCUCUCUUAUCGACGGCUCGAUGCUCGACCAGUCUGCCCGAGCGAGCGGUGUCGACUACGACGUCGGCGGUGCGCGGGACUCGACUUUGUCGUUCGAGGAACAGCAGUCCAAGGCGCAUAGCAGCAGAGACGAUAGCCCGGGGAAAAUGUCUGUUGAAGUUUGUCGGGAAAUGGCAGAAGAGAGGCAUGCGACUCCUGGAUCCAGGUCUCAAGAACAAUCGCAAGAUUAUUCUGAAUACGAGAUUGACGAGUACGGUCGAAAGAUGGCUCGCGCCAAAUGCCGACACUCCCCAACCGCCUCCGAGGCCGCCAUCACAGCCGGGGCUGUUGGCGCCGCCGCCGCCGCUUUGAAAGCUGCUCAAGGACGAAAGCAAGCAGCCGUCGAGGGCGGCGCAGACGAGGCAUGGCAGCCCGCUGGGGUGUCACGAAACAGGUCAUUCAAGGAGCGGACCGACAUGCAUGGCUGGGAACCUCGCAACACCCCCUCCCACAGCGUGGACAGGCUCGACUUCAACGAUCAACCAACGCUGGGGGCCAGCGGACUUCCGGACUUGACGAACCCGAUGCCGGAAGUCGGAUACGUCGCUGACGAUUUGCCCACCAACCCGUCGGCAUUGGAGGAGCCCGUCGACGAUUACUAUGAUGAGCCCGAUUGGUCCGGGCGAGCAACACCGACGCAGCGAGACAUUGGCGGAUACGACCAGGGGGUUCGUGGCCAGGUUGGAGGCGUCGGUGUCGGCGAAGCGGCCGCCCACAUGGCUGCGACUCGAAAUCUGGAUCAUGACGAAUGGGGUAGGACCUCGGAGGAACGCAAGCGGGACACGCUCAUCACCAAUCCAUACGAAGAUGCCAGCCCGAUUGUGAGCCCGGAUUUGAAUCACGAUCUUCUCGGCGCUCGCGGGAUAGAUGCUCCUUUCCAUACAGGCAGCCCCGGUUUUGGCCAAAAGUACGACGAGGGCUACAUUUCCAAUGGGCCUAACCGAACACCAGACGCUGAAGCGAUCGGCAAGGCCGCCGUGUAUGAUGGUGAGGGGGGUCUCGCUGGCGACGACGACCCGUUCUACACGACGCCAGGCCCCGUGCGCCGUCUGAGCGGGAUGUCCCAAGGUGUAGCCUCGCCGCUCUAUGACUCGGCCACAGGGGCAGGCAUUGAGCGGAUUGAGAACAAAGAUAUCGUGGCAUUGAUGCAGCAUCUCAUGGUCCGCGAUGCACAGAGAAGCGCCCGAGACACGGAGAUUGUUGCGUUGCUCAUGAACGCCGCCCUGGAGAUGCGCAACUCGUUCCGAGAGAUGAAGGAGUUCGUGCAAGAUACUGGCGACGAUGUCAUCUUCGCCAACGUUGAGAAUACGGAGAAGCUUCAAAAGUGCAUCAACGGACCACGGCCGUAUCCCGGAGCAGCAUCCCGCUCUCUGCAGAGCACUUCUCUGGCCGGCACGAUUGACGACGCGGCGAAGAAGAAAAACCUCUGGCGAAGAGCGCUGCAGGGCCUCAGUGCUAAGGGCACGAACGACCUGACGCGUAUCGAAGACAUGCUGAUGCAGCUGCUGGGCGAAGUGGACGUCCUCAAAACGCAGACGGCCCGUCCAAUGUCUGCCGGCCAGUCGUACGAUAACUUGCAGUCGGGUUCCCAAUUCGAGCGCGAAGGCAACUUAAACGCCGGGCAGUCGGGGCACCUAGCUGGCUCGCAGGCUCGGGGAUUGGUCCCGCCGUUUGCGGGCGAACGCAGAGUCUCCAGUCAUCGAAUCAGCACGGUCGAGGAAAAGGAAGAAGAAAAUGGCUACAAAGACACGAGCCCGUUGGCUGAGAGGACCAAGACAAACUUGCUGGCGCCCAGUCAAGCAGAUGGCGGCCGGCGGGGGAGCUCGGUGCCACCCGAAACGCCGCCCCAGCUGGGCGACGUGAUGGAACAGCAGCCUCUGAGCGCAGAGAACACACCGCGAACGGAAAAAGGCAAGAAGCACAAGUCGGGCAGCUCCUCCGGAUGGCUGCCCAAGAUCUCGCGCUGGUCGGAAACGACGACGUCGAGUGUCGGACGGAUUCUUCGCGGCAGCGGGAAGAAGCACGGCAACAGGUAUGACGACUUCCAGCCACCGUCUCGCUCCGGCUCCAGCCUGGCCUCAUACGAGGACCACUAUCGUCACGACGCGUACGACGACAAGCUUCACACGGGGUUCUCGGACCAAAACCUGACGCCCCAGGUCCAGGUCCAGGGUCAGUCGCGAGACGAGCAAAGCUCUCUCCCCGGCUCGUGCACGACGCCGGACGAGGCCAAGUACAAGGCUCACCGAAACUCGGUGAACUUGCACCAUCCCCAGCCGAGGCCGGGACAGACGGAACGGUUCCGAACGGCGCUCGAGACGUCUGCGCAGGAAUACAACGGCAACCCAAUGACGCCGCGGUCGACGGAAUGGGCCGGAUCGGCGACGAGCCUCCAUCGGCUGCCGGCAAACGGCAACAGGUUCGGCAACACGUCAUCGGCGGCGGGGGCUGAGGGGCAGGACUGGAAUUCGUCGCCGGCGCCGCCGAGACCCCCCAAGGAGCCGUUCGAGAGCCCCGGAACGCAAAACACGGCCAAGUCGAGCCGGAUGUCGAAAUUGAACGAGACGAGCCCGGGGCCGCAGCAGAGUUCGGAGAGCGGAUACGGGACCCUCACGGCAACCCAUCUCAGCCAUCACUCAGGCGGCAGUCCCAAGAUGGACAACCGGAACCUGAGCGCGGCGCUCGGGGUACCAACACGCAGGCCCACAGGACCUCGGGCGAUGACGCCGAAGAGCCCUGAGGAUGAAGCGGUGCGCGACGAGAGGCGUCGAAAGCGAGACACGUUUGGCACCUUUGCCAGCGAGGAGGCCGACACCUGUCGAGCGAAGCAUUCAAUGGAAGGCCUUGGCCAGAGCGGGCUGGCAAGAUUGAUCACAAGAGGCAAGGCAGCAGGCAGUCAGACAGGCAGCGAAUGGAUGAGAUGCUGUGGCGAAGAAGAAGCUGACGAGUCAACGAAGCUCAUUUGUGUUGGUUCGCCGUGUGCACCGCAUGCGCUGUAG